GUUUUGUCUGCUGUGGUCAGGAGUACAUCAACUCUUCAACCUCUCUUUGCUGCGUGGGCAAUGAUGGAUAUCCCACAAUGCACCCUGCUGGCAACGCCACGGUGACGCUGCAGUGCUGCGGGUCAAAGGUGAUACACCAAGGAGAGGAAUGCUGCAAUGGGAUUGGCUACGACCCCCAACGACAUGUGUGCGCUGCCCGACCCACACCUGGUCUCCUCAUACAGCACCAGUGUUUAAAGGGUGCUGUGUGUCCCGUAGCUGCAGCGUCUACAGCUUACUGUGGCUCCUGUGACCUUGAUCCAUCUACGACCGCCUGCACAUGGGUGUUGUCGGCACAGCCUGACACACAGUCCACAACGUACUCCCCAUUCAUCAGCCCCACGCAGGAAACACUCGCUACAGGCCUGUCUACACAUACAAACAGAAGUAAUAACAGUUACAAAAUGCUAGACGCAUACAGUCACACGCACGCUGAGAACAAGCAGUUCGAGGGGAGCCUGUGCCCGUCACACGAGGAGGUUGUGCACAGCGGAGAUGCCGGAAAAUACACCUAUACAGACUCUGACCUGGAGCCUUUUACCACCUAUGAAUAUAGAGUGAGGGGCUGGAACAGCUUCGGUCGAGGCUCCAGCGACGUUGCAACAGUGACGACCAGCGAGGACAAACCGUGGGGAGCGGCACCGCCCCGCUGGAGCCGUCUAGGUGAACGAGAUGACAUCAUCCAGUUGCAAUGGCAAGCUCCCGCCAGACCUAAUGGUGAGAUCACCCACUAUGUUAUACUGCGGGAUGGGCAAGAGCGCUAUCGUGGUGAUGAAAACAGUUUCACUGAUGUUGGUGGGAUCAGGCCUUUCCAGGAAUACAGUUACCAGCUGAGGGUCUGUAACCGGGCUGGUUGUACUGACAGUCCAGAGGUGGUGGCAGUGACGGUCCGCGGAGUCCCAGAGGACGUGCAGCCUCCAGUGGUAACAGCUGUAAGCUCCUCCUCCCUCCACGUGAGCUGGUCUGAACCCACUCGUCCCAAUGGAGUCAUACAACGGUACCACCUGAACCAGACCGGUGUUGGAACCGUAUUUACUCACACUGACGGACCCAGAAAUCACACCCUGACUGGUUUGCAGCCAUACACAGACUACGGCUUCGUGCUGGUGGCCUGUACAGCUGUUGGAUGUGGAGCCAGUUUACCGUCCACAGGACGAACACUGCAAGGCUUACCUGCUGGUGUGUGGUCAACGCCCAGACACCUAAUAAUAAACACAUCUGCGGUGGAGCUGUACUGGGAUCAGCCAUCCCAGCCUAAUGGACACAUCUCCCAGUACAGACUGAGCAGAGACGGUCACACUAUUUUUACCGGAGACCAACGUGACCGGAAUUACACCGACACUGGACUCCUGCCAAACCGCAGGUAUUUGUAUGAGCUGCAGGCGACUACAGGGGGUGGGACUGGUGUGAGUGACAAAUAUGUUAUACAAACACCAGUCUCGUGCCCCACUGGGAUCCCACCUCCCCACAAUGUGACAGUGUCAGGCCCCUACUCCAUCUCUCUUUCCUGGUCCCCUCCUGUUCAACUAAACAACAACCAGCCUUUGAAGUACAACAUCCUGUUCAAUCCAGGAAGUGACAGUGCUGCAAUGCAUCGUGCUGGACAGGCCCUGAGCCUUAAUGUGACAGGUCUAGAGCCUUUCACCACUUACUACAUAAGAGUGCAGGCCUGUCAGAGAGAGGGAUGUGGGUUAGGCGAGGGGGUCUACGUUCAGACUCUAGAGACCAGCCCAGAAGAUCUGCUGCCCCCCACAUUAAACGCUGUGGGAGCCAACGUCCUGGAGAUCCACUGGUCAUCCCCGAAAAAACCAAAUGGAGUCAUCACCUCCUACCACAUAUACAGACGUCCAUUUGGAACAGAUGAGGAGCUGCUGGUUUACAUCUGGUCCAGCGGGCCGCUUGAGUUUUUUGAUGCAAGCCCCGCCCUGCAACCUUUCAGCUACUUCCAGUACAGGAUUCGUGCCCACAACUCUAAAGGUUCAAUUCUGAGUCAGUGGACUUUAGCUCAGACCUUACAGGCAAAGCCACAAGAUAUGGCCCCUCCCAUUGUUACACCCUCCGGUGCCUACUCAGUCCACCUGAAAUGGAGUGAACCGGGACAGCCCAACGGUCUUGUUUCCCAUUAUAGGUUGGUUUACAAGAAGCUGCAACAGGACCCAACGCUCAACUCAAGCACUGUUACAGCUCUCACUGUAGAGGGUUUAGUCCUAGAGGCGACCGUGUUUGGUCUUGAGCCAUACAGUCGGUACAGUCUACGUGUUGAAGCUGUGAAUGGGGCAGGCAGCGCGUCCAGUCCAUGGGUGGACAUUAGGACCCUGGAGGCGUCUCCGGCCGGCCUGGCUAACUUCACAGUGGAGCACAGGGAGCAGGGCAGGGCGUUACUGCUCAGCUGGGAUCAGCCACACACUCCAAAUGGAGUCAUCACGAUGUACAACCUGUACAGUGAGGGGAACCUAGAGUUCAGCGGAUUGUCGCGCAGCUUCCUGUUUCGUCGUUUGGACCCAUGGACCACUUAUACUCUGACUCUUGAAGCUUGUACCUCAGCAGGCUGCACACACAGCCCUCCUCAGCACAUCCUCACGGCAGCAGCACCGCCUGCCUCCCAGCCUCCACCGUCGCCUCUCUUCAUCGGCCCAGAUCGCGUGUCACUUACCUGGGUCCCUCCCUCCCAACCCAAUGGUCCAGUUGGAGAGUAUUUCUUACUCGGGAGAAGUGUAGAGGAUGAGGGGAGGGGAAGAAGUAACGAAGAAGAUAUUGAAAGAGGGAAAGUGCUCUUCAGAGAAACGUCCCCACAACAAGCUGAAACCUUCUCCUACACAGUGACUGGUUUGCGUCCCUGGACCCAGUAUGAGUUCAGUGUCUGUACUCAGAACCCAGCUGGACACACCUGCAGCCCCUGGGUACCUGUAACAACCAGACAAGCCCCCCCUCGCGGCCUCGCCCCUCCAACAGUGAGUCAUCUCCAGGGCCGGCCCAGUGAGCUGGUAGUGACUUGGACUCCUCCUUUGGAGCCGAAUGGGGUACUUCAGUCUUACAGGAUUCAGAGGAACAAUGUCAGUUUCUCAUUCAGCUUUGACCCCACUGUCCUCAACUAUACAGAUGAAGACCUGUUGCCGUUUUCAACAUAUAGUUACUCCGUCAUAGCCUGCACAUCUGAGGGAUGCAUCACCAGCCCUCAUACAAAUAUCACAACUCUGGAGGCCCCGCCUGCUGCAGUGGAGGCUCCCGCAUUGGGCACCAUCACAUCCAGCAGUAUAAACAUUUCCUGGAGUAAACCAUUAAUGCAGAACGGAGAGGUGACGGAAUACAUACUGAAACUGAACAGUGAAGAGGCUUACCGUGGGAGAGACCUACAUACAGUGUUGUCAGACCUGCAGCCACACACAUCAUAUGAGCUUGUUCUGUUGGCUUGUACCAGUGGAGGGUGCACUGCCAGCGUCACACUGUCCACUGUCACUGAUGAAGCUCCUCCUACUGGCCUGCCUGCCCCGACUCUGAAGGUUACUGGCCCAGAGUCGGUGGAGAUUAGCUGGAGUCUGCCGGAGCACCCUAAUGGAAUCAUCACAGGAUAUGAACUCCGCAGAGAUGGUGAAGUUAUCUAUGUUGGCACAGAGACCCAUUACCACGACUUCACACUUCUGCCAAGUGUGGAAUACAGCUAUGUUGUCAGGGCCAACAACAGCCGAGGUGCCGCGAGCAGCACGGUAGCCACAGCAAAGACUCACCCAUCAGCUCCUUCUGGUGUGGGUCUCCCCACACUGACGCCUCUGGGAGCGAGCCAGGUGAGAGUGGAGUGGCGGACUCCAGCACGUCCUAAUGGAGACAUUGUGAGUUACACUGUGUACCAAAGAGAUCCAGUCCAGCUGAGCAUCACCAGCACUGUGUUCACUCCAGAAGACAAACCCUUCUCUGACAGACACACAACUCUGCGUGGGCUGGAUCCUUACCAUAGGUAUGAGGUGAGGGUGGAGGCUUGCACAGCGCUUGGCUGUUCAUCCAGCGACUGGUCGUCUAUACUCACGCUGGAGGCUCCCCCUGCUGGACAGACGGCGCCACUGUUGGACCUCCAACCCGACACGCACACCAGCCUACAGACCAGCUUUCUGCUCACCUGGUCCCCUCCAGCUCAGCCAAAUGGUAAAAUCCUGCAUUAUGAGGUGUACCGCAGGCUGGACUCUACCACUGGUACCCACAGAAGUGGUGCAGCAACAGUUGUCUACAGGAAUGUCUCCACUCAGUGCAAAGACAACGGACUCCUGCCAUACACUGGAUACCAGUACCAGGUGUGGGCGGUGAAUUCGGCGGGUCGUUCUGCCAGCCCGUGGGUCGGUGGGAGAACGGGGCCUGCUCCACCAGAGGGUGUAGGCUUGCCUGUGUUCCUGCAUGUGUCAGCGACCUCAGCGGUGGUGAACAUCCGUCCUCCAGCCCGACCCAAUGGGAUUGUUAGUCUUUACAGAGUGUUCUCACUGGAACACAGCAACCACACUCUGCUCUCAGAGGGGACAUCGCAUCAGCAGAGGCUUCAUGGUUUACGUCCUUACACCCGGUACUGGGUAGGAGUAGAGGCCUGCACUUGUUAUCAGUGCUGCAGCCAGGGUCCACUGAGCGAGCUUCACACCCUGGCUGCCCCUCCAGCCCACCAGCCUCCCCCUCGCCCCGUCACCCUCACAUCCCGCUCCGUUCAGCUGGAAUGGGAUGAGCCCUUGGCCCCUAAUGGAGUCAUCGAGAGCUGUGAGCUACAUCUCAGGUCGCCCUGCCCGCAGCCCCCCCAGCCUGUAGCCCUCCCCUGCUCUGAAGGACCGGCAGAAAUCUGUUUCUUUGGCAAAAAGCGGAGCUACAAUGUUACAGGUCUCCAGCCGUACUCCACCUACGAGCUAAGAGCUGCCUGCCUCAAUAACAUGGGCAGCACUGCCUCCAACUGGACUACUGUUACCACACUGAGUGAAGCCCCCCAGUAUGUGUCCCCGUUCUCAGUGGGCAGUAACCUGACCGUGAUCUGGCUGGACUGGACGGCGUCUUUCUCCCUCAAUGGAUACCUGAAGGAGUACAGUGUGACUGAGAGCCAGCUGAGGGUUUACACUGGUUUCUACAGUUAUCUCCACGUUCCACGCACUUCACAGAAAACUCUGUCAUUUCAGGUGACUUGCACCACAGACAGUGGAAGCGCCAGCACUCCGACCAUCAGAUACAGUCCAGCCACUGGCCUCGCUCCUCUUGAAAAUGAAGACGGCGGUAAACAGGGUGUGAGCAUGUCAGCCACCCCGGUUUACUCUGAACUCUGGUUCAUCCUGCUGCUGUCUCUGCUGGGUCUCUUUCUGUUGGCCCUACUGCUGGGCUUAGUGCUGCAGAGAGCCUUGAGGAAGAAUCCAUCAGCCAGAGAGCGCCCUCCACUGGUCAUGCUGCAGAAGACCAGAAAGGCUGGUGGAGAUGUUUACAUGAGGCCUUAUCCUGAGUUGUGCUCUAAACAUCACUCCGGCUCUGUGCUCCUCCCUGAUCGCCCCACAGGUCUGACAGACACCAAGAUCGCCGGCAGCAGCUCACGCUUCAGCCCCAUUUCUGUCCUGCGGGUUCCCAGUCAAACAGACCUGGAUCAGGCCUACUCACAGCAUUCCCUGCACCGCAGCGUCAGUCAGCUGAUCGACAGGAAGUCACUGAUGAUGGAGGAAGGAAGCUGGGACAACCCACUAGGACAUGAUUCUGGACUGUAUGUGGAGGAAGACGAGUUUGUGGACGCCAUCAAGGCCUUAAGUUCUGUGAAAAAGGAGCACACCAUGUUCACUGACACUCAUCUCUGA